CUCACUUGUACCUAAACAUUUUAUAGCGCGCUCGUUACCCCCAGCAUGCCGCCCCAGGUGGACCUUGUCGUCGUCUUCCGCGCGUCUUCGCCUCGCCCGGUGUCGAAACCGCAGGCCCGGGAGGACGCGGAGCAGGCAGAACGACAGUACACGAACCUCAUCGACACGCUGAACAAUGGUGGUCUGAAAGCGGUGGGGAGGAGGGGAGAGAACGCGGGUCAGUUACUCGUUCUGGUGUGGUGCCCGUCGGCGACGCUUGUCCGUCUCGUACACAGUGAGAGAUAUUCGGACUUCCUCUCAGGUCUGCCAAUCACGCGCCGUAUGAACGAUUUGGACAAUGUCCCUACCCUCUCGCCUGCUGACCGCCUGCGCCUUAUUCAUGCGUAUAUCACGUCCACUCCUUCUGACGGCGGUCUUGGAGUUCUUCCGGCCUCAAGUCACUGGGACCGUGUUGAGUCGGUCAUGGCACUGCACGACCACGAGUUUAAUGAACAUUGGAUCCGGUCCUGGACAACCCGCCAGUCUGGCUCCGUACACUUGGACAAGAUUCGGGAACAGUUCGGCGAGUCAGUAGCCCUGUACUUCGCCUUUCUCUCCACAUACACGAAGUCCCUGCUCAUCCCCUCUGCUCUGGGUAUCGCCUUCUACUACCUGGGCACACCCUACUCCCCUGCAUACUCUAUCCUCGUUCUCUUGUAUUCUGUCACCUUCGUCGAGUACUGGCGCGUGCAUGAGCGCAUGCUCUCCGUCCGCUGGGGCACGCGUGGGUCGUUUCGGGUCGAGAAACGCCGGGCGGAUUACAAGCCCGGGUUCGCCUGGUGGCGGCGGGAGCUCAGGACGCUUGCGAGUGUGCCAGUGAUUGCGUGCUUCGCGGGUGUCCUGGCGCUCUUGCUGACCGCGAUGUUCGUGUUUGAGGCGUUCGUGACGCAGCUGUGGUCUGGACCAGGUCAGAAAUGGAUUGGAUUCACCCCGACAAUACUGUUCAUUGCGCUCGUCCCGCGCUUCCUGAGCUUCUACCAGCGCUACGCGGUUCGCCUAACUAACUGGGAAAACCACGCGCACCAGUCAUCAUACAACCGUUCCCUCACCCUCAAGACCUUCUCUCUGUCCGCCAUCGUGGCAUACCUCGGCCUCGCGCUCUCCGCGUUCAUAUACGUCCCCUUCGGCGAGACAGUCAUGCAGAACGUGCAGAUGUUCCUGGAGAAGAGCGACGUGGUGCAGGGUACCGGGUUCCUCGCGAGCCUCGCCCUCACUCCCGGUGUGAACGCGACCAAGGUCGUCGGAGACGAGGGCAAGCGGUUCUGGGUCAUGGACACGCAGAGCGCGCGCAGGAAGCUGAACCCGAGCCGGCUGCAGAACCAGAUGUACGCCUACACGGUAACGAACCAGAUCAUCAACUUCUUCCUCGAGAAUGUCCUCCCGUUCGCGAUGCGCGCGGUCGACUCGGUGCGCAACGGCCGGCCGGUGUGGGACGCGUUCACGACUAGUGCGAGCAGCGUUGGGCGGAAGGGUAAGAGCCCGAAGAAACGCGUCGUGUUUGAGGACGAGUCGAGGGGUGAGGGAAAGGAUGAGCGCGAGUUUCUGGAGGAGGUCAGGAGGGAGGUCGCGCUGCCCGAGUAUGAGGUGUUUGGCGACUUUUCGGAGAUGGUUACCCAGUUUGGGUACGUUGUGCUCUGGAGUUCGAUAUGGCCUCUUGCACCCGUCAUGGCAUGGGUCAACAACGUCAUCGAGCAGAGCUCGGACGCGUUCAAGAUUACCGUGCAUAACCGACGGCCUAUUCCCGUCCGCACGGACACGAUAGGCCCUUGGCUCGACACCCUGACGUUCAUCACCUGGCUCGGCGCACUGACGAACUCGGCUCUAGUGUACCUCUUCCGGCCGUGCUGCGGUGACGAGAGAGGGAACAGCACCACCAUGGUCCGCGACCAUCCUCACACCGUGGCCAUUGUCGGCAAUGGAGAAGGCCAGGCGACGAGGCCCACGGCGAACCAGCUGGUGGUGACAGCGACGCUGAUUGCGCUCACAGCGAGCCACGGGUUUAUUGUCGUGCGGGCUUUGGUGAGGCACUUGAUGGAGAAUAUCGUCUGGAAGGGAAGCAAGGAGGUGCAGGAGGCGGAGGUUGUCGAGAGGCAAGUGAAGGAGAGGUACUUGGAGAGUAUUGGGAUCGGGAAGCAGGCGAACCUCGACAAGGUGCAGAAUUUGGAUGGGGAGGCGGACGCUAACGGGAGAGAUGCGUUCUGGGUCGCCGAUGAAGGCCUGGAAGAAAUUCGAAAAGCAGUCAAGGAUGCGUGAAAGGAGGUGGAUGGCUUGCAAACAAAAUCAGCGGGACUUCACGGACUUGUUACGAUAUAUGAAGAACGGAAACCCAGAGCCUGAGGCUUGCCCGUCAUCAUGACUUAUUAAUACGAUAGUUAACGAAUGUAGUAAAUACACGUGUACCUCCUCUUCUCAACCAUGCAGCACCUGUGUUCUAAGUGUAGUACUCUAGCUGCUUAUUCCAUUCAUCCAGCGUUGCAAUCCUU